GCAAGAGGAAGUUUUAAGGUCUAGGGUGUUUGGCUGACUAUGUCUGUGUGUGACAGCCCCAUGAUGCUUCUUCCUGUCUCCGUUACACUGAGAAUUUCCACCUGCCCCCACCCUCUGCUUAUAAUGCAGAACGCAUGAGCUUAGAACUGUUCAGUCUCCUCCUUCUUCAGCAUCGGAUUAGUUGUGGCAGAGGUUGUCAUGCUGUUUCUCCCAUUUUGUACAGUUCAUCAGAGGUGAAAGAACUCUGGCUGAAGACCCUUCGAGGGCAGAGUGGAGGGAAGAGAAGAUUGAACUUCAUUGCCUCUCAGUCAAACCAAGCUCUGAUGAAGGUCUUAAGUGGCUGCAAUGCUUCCAAAACACUAAAUGCCAAUGACAUGGAAACUUUAAUUGAGUGUCAGUCAGAGGGCGAUGUCAAAGAACACCCCUUGCUGCCACAAUGUGAUAGUGAAGAAGGGAUUUGCCACCUGAUUGAAAAUAAGAAGAGAAAGGUGAUAUCCUGGCCUUUUCCCAUGAGAAGGACCACCUCUUCAUCAGAUUCUUCUGGACCUUUAGCACCAGAAUGGAAACCUUCCCUGUUUGACCAGCCCUUGUCAAUAAUCUGUGGCGAUGAUGAUAUUCUUCCCCAACCCAUUCAGGAAAUUCUUAAUAUUCUUCGAAGCAAAGGCCCGUCAACGGAAGGAAUAUUCAGAAAGGCUGCCAAUGAAAAGGCCAGGAAAGAGCUUAAGGAAGAACUUAACUCUGGGGGAAUGGUCAAUUUGGAGACCAGACCUGUGCACCUAUUGGCUGCAGUUUUUAAGGAUUUCCUCAGGAGCAUCCCACUCAAACUACUUUCAUCAGAUCUGUUUGAAGAAUGGAUGGCGGCCCUGGAGAAGCCAAAUGAAGAAGACAAGAUAGAGAGCCUGAAACAGGUCACAAAGAAACUGCCAAGGGCAAAUCUCCUACUACUCAAGCAUUUGAUCUACGUGCUUUACGACAUCAGCAGGAAUUCAGAUGUCAGCAAGAUGGACUCAAGCAAUCUUGCCAUUUGUAUUGGACCCAACAUGCUGACCCUCAACACUGACCAAAGCCUAUCUUUUGAUGCCCAGAAGGAGUUGAACAACAAGGUUAAGAUCUUGGUGGAAUUCCUCAUUGAUAACUGCUCUGAAAUAUUUGGAGAGGAUGCCCCGAUGCACUCCCCCAGCAUCACUUCUGAUGACUCAUUGGAGCAUACUGAUUGUUCAGAUAUAUCAACUCUGCAAAACGACUCAGCCUAUGAAAGUACAGAUGCUGAUACAGAGGGCAGCAGCGGCAUCGGCUCCGAAAACAAGCAGCCCCCAGACACAGCGGGAUCGGUCUGUGACUUGGACGAAAGAAAGCAUCAGCAUGAGGCAAGACCAAGGUCUGUCGUCUCCUAUGCGGUCUUACUAAAAAGCUCUCUCAGCACUCAAGAAAGGAGGUACUCGGAGCCCAGCACACCAUCCUCAAAAGACUGCCUUGAAAGCAGGAUCACAAGCCAGAAACUGACUAAAAGUGAAGACUUCACCAUCCCCCAGGCGAGCUCCUGUCUGGGGAGUCAGGAAGCACAAGACUCAUUUUCCAAGGAGGGUUUCCCUACUCCACAACACAGGAAACCGAAGUCACUGGGUCUUCAAAUAAAGGAAGGAACUUUAUGCUCAGAAUCACCUGUGGGACCUUUCCCCCCAGCCUCCUCCUGUGGUUCCCUCGAUAGCUCCUCCGAUAGCUCAGUCUUUGCCAACUCACCAGUGGUUUCUCCUUCCAGUCCAAAAAGGAACUUUUUCACUAGACAUCAAUCCUUCACGGUAAAGACUGCUGAAGGAACCAGUAAGCCGGCCCGAGAGAGAAAGAAGCACUCCAUGUCGUUCUCUUUUUCUACUCACAAGAAAGUACCAAACAAAACUCCAAGUUGGCGCUUUCCCAAAGACCAAGGAAAGAAGGAACUCAAAAAAGAGAGCCAACUCGCUGGCAGAAUUGUCCAGGAAAGCUGUGCCAAAACUAUGGUCGACUACCAGGCAGCUCCAGAAUGUUGGAGUUCGAGGUCACGUCUCCUCUCGGCCGAAGAGGUAUUCCAACUCGUGGACCAGAAAAUCCCUGGGAAUCCGCCUUCCUAUGAGGAGGCCGUCCAGUAUUGCCGCACUUCCAAAAUUCCUCCCUAUGGGAGCCGGACAGUCCAAAGUAUGAAAGACACUAUACUAAGCCAAGACUCCAGACUGCCAUCUCUUUCACUUUCGAACUAUGGUGGGCACACCAAUAGUGCACAUGGCAGAGAAAUACUCAACAGGGACAGUGCAUCACCUGUGGGUGAAACUUGGGCACAGGGUGGGGAUUCCAGGGUAUCUGGGGAAAGGAAAGGACAAAUGCCAAGGUCUGAGUUUUACCGGUUAAGGGUCUCAUCUGAGUCCUUGCUAAAGAACAAACAGGACUAUCUCAUUGGAAGGUGUAGUCAGCCAAUCUUUGAGGUUGACCAGAUCCAAUAUGCCAAGGAAUCCUAUGUUUAGGGAUCCAGUCUAUACACCACAAAAAGCCCUCAGUGACUACUAUAAAUAUAUGGGCUCCCUCAAAAAACUGCCUCCAAAAACCUUCUUUCAUGAAGGUAAAGAAUAAGCUCCUCGAACAGAAUGUUUACUCCCCAAAAUUAUCAUUUGUGUCUGUAUGAACCUGAGUAUGUGCAAUAUGUAAUAAAUGUAUAAACAUACUGUCCAUAAAGUAAUACACUGAAGGAA